AGGUGUACACUACCGCUACGUCCACACUUGAUAUACAGCCUCCACCAUGUCAAUUCUUUUGAAUACACUUAAAGAUGGGCUAGAUCCACAGUAUCAAUCACUCCUUGAGACAGACCCACAAUUAUUAGCUAGAUCCCAACAAUACCUCCAAGAAUUGUUAAUCAAUGAUGAUUUACUCUCUACUGAGGCAUUCAUGGCCUCGUCAGUGUCACUAGCCAGUGACAAGUCAACUUCAUUCAAAACUUCCAAUGCAAACUCCGUCACUGGAUCCACUGCCGAACUUGUGUCCCCACCACCACCUCCACCUCCACAACCACAACCUCGCCGCACACUCAUUGAAGAAAUCGCUGAACUAGACAUGAACCACCGUGAAAUUAACCGAAAACUCAGCGCAAUCACCGAUUCAAACCGUGAUUUAAUCAUUGACAUCAGUAACGAUUUACAUAUAGUAAACAGCCAAUUGUCGCACGAGUACCAAUCCCAGCUCGAAUCAAUCUCCAAAUUACUCGAGUCUGACGUGUUAACUACCCAACCACACGCGCAUCCCAUGAACGCUAUCGAAAUCAACAAUUCUAUAUUAGAGAAUAUUGAUUCAGUAUUGGAUAUUUUAGAAUUACCUACGUUAUGCAAAGUAUGUAUCUUACAAGGAAACUACCAGGAAUCAUUAGAAAUCUCGAUGUUGAUCCAGGCAUUGAUUAUUAGAUUCCCUAAAUUGACCAUUUUCAAACAGAUCCAUGCUCAAAUUGAACUUGAAUUGAAGCUCAUGGUAAAGGGAUUGAUCAGGUUAUUAAAUACCAAUCUUAAACAAAACAACAUUCUCAAGAUUUUUCAAAUUUUAAACAAGUUAGAUCUUUUGGGAGGAACCAGCAAUUUAGUAUUUAAUGACACACAACAAGCACAAAAGACAAAAUUCCUCAAGAUAAUAUACUUGAAUUCAAGAUACAAGUUCAUCAGUAAUGAAGUAUCCAGUCUUAAACCAUUGAUCAAGUUCAACAAGCUCACUUACCUCAAACGAUUUAUUGAAACAUACCGUGAAUACAUAUUCAACUCCUUAUCCAUAUUCAAUACCAUUUUCAAGUCAACUCCUUCAAACUUGGAAGAUGACGAGAACAACCUCCUUAUCAACCAAUUCAUCCGAAAUUUAGCCAAUCUACUCUGUCAAGAGUUGAAAACUCACCUUCCUGAAAUUAAACCCGAAGGCGAUGAAGACAGUGAAGUUGCCGAGAUCGACUUACACAACCAAAUUGACGGGUUAAUCUUACAAAUUAUCUACUUGUGCAAAUCACUUGCAUCAUUCCAUGUUGAUUUUGAACCAAUAAUCGUGACUGAAUUAUGCCACAAUACAAACCUAAUCUCAGAAGCUUCCUGGGCUAACAAUCUUGCCAAAGUCAAGAAACAUAGAUAGAACCAUAAUCUAUUAAAUAAAAACACCUAUAUACCUAUUCUCUUAAUCCAUUCAAACCAAACAAGAAUCCAAGUUCUCUUUGUCCCAAUCUCGACACAUUCUUCAUAUCCUUUUCAUUAAGGGCACUUUCAAUUAACUCCUUCUUUCGUUCUUGCAAUGUCAUAAUACGACUUUCCACGGUACCUUCAAUCAAAAUCCGAUGCACAUGUACUUCUCGUUCCUGUCCAAUACGAUGGGCCCGAUCCAUAGCCUGAUCUUCAACAUAGGGGUUCCAAAAUGGAUCCAUGAUGAUCACAUGCGAGGCACAUGUAAGUGUUAACCCAACAUUACCCGAUCUUAACGAAAGAAGUAAAACUUUAAUAUCACUUUGAUAAAAUUGUUUAAUCACAGUGUUCUUAUGUUCCAUAUUCAUUGACCCAUCAUAUCUUAAAAAUUCAAUUCCCUGCUGGUUCAACACCAACUUGAAUAAAUCAAACAACGUCACAAACUGUGAAAAAACAAUAACCUUUUCAUUAGGAUGCUUGCUGAAUAUUGUUUGUAGCAAUUCCACACACUUUUCCAUUUUAGCACUUGGCGUGAAUCCAUUGUCUUCCUUAAUCAAAUCAUUAACAAUCAUGGAAUUCCCUCUUGGGUUGGGAUUAUAAUAAUCCCGACAAAAACGUUGAAUUUCCAUAGUAUCCAUUUUUUCGAUAUACACCGCCUUGAAAAUAACAUAAUCAAUCAAAUUAGAUUCCUUAACCAGAGCAUUACAUUCAGUACAUUUAGCAAUUCUAUUGCCAGAACUAUCUUCAUCAACAGUGUGACCUUCAUAAAAUGCUUCAAUACAAUUCUGACAUAUCAAAUGACCACACUCGGAAAAUAACACCAUCGAUGAGUCUAAAUUAAGAAUAUCAAAACAUAUCGGACACGUCAACAUUUCUUUAUCAUCUUUCUCAUCAUCGUCUUCUAACCCAAGAUCAAUAUCCAAGGGGAUCACUGCUUCGCUAGGCAUAGUAAGAUCAAUAACUCUGGUUUUAACUAAAUCCUUCAAUUCAAGAACCAUACGAU